AUGCUGAUGUUUGUUCCACAAAUUCCGCACUCGUUUGGGGAGGUGCCGGGGAAGGCUUCUACUGCCGGACGGGUGUAUGAUGAACCCGAGGCAUACGACGAGUGGUCUCAAGGCCGUGGACGUUUCUCGGACGGACUUCCUUCCGUAGGCUCGAGAGAGCACGCGCUUGGGACUUGCCGCCCAUGUGCAUGGCUGUGGAAGCCUGGUGGGUGUCGAAAUGCCGUCAAUUGUACGCACUGCCACCUGUGUACUCCAGAUGAUGCCAAGAAGCGGCGGAGGGAUUAUGGCAAGGGUGGCGAGCCUCCUGCCAAAGCCCAACCACCGCAGCGAGAGCGAGGGAAGAGGAGGCAGGAAUGGACUUGGCAGGCAGAGGAGCAAGCCGCUCCAUGGAUAGAGAAUUCGAAACCAAUUCCCCCGCCUCCCACGACACCGUCUCCGGUGGAUGCCGUGUGCGGGCCGGCCGCCCCUCCUCCCGGCACGGGCCACAAUGGUCCCGCGCCGGAGGAAGAAGCGAGGCAGAUGGGCAGCUGGUCCCGUGGAUCCGAGCGCCACGGCGCGGGGAGUUGCAGGCCUUGCCUCUUCCAAUGGACUGCGUCCGGGUGCAAAGACGGGCAGGACUGUGACUUUUGUCAUCUAUGCCCUCCACCGAAGGUUCCUGUACCCCAUCCCGUGCCAUCGAUGCCUCCAGCAUCCUUACCGGGACCGCUUCCUGCGUUGCCAGAGUGGCAACAAGUCAAUGCACCAGCAGGCUUCAGAAGUACCGAGCCUGGCCAUCGGUCAGAAGCGCACUACAUCAAUCUGGCCGAACGUCUCGUGCCAGAGAACCAGGCGCAGGGGGCCCAAACAAUGACACCGGGGAUGAUCUCGAGCUCUGUCGUGCUGGGCACCGCACCAUAUCCGAAUCCCCAGCCGAUGCAGCCACCUCAACAAUACAGGACUGCUCCAGCUUGGCAGCCGGUUCCUUCAAAGAUGAAGGAAUUCCGAUCUGUACAGUCGCCGAUGCCCAUGGGUGUGGUCGAUGGGCCACCCUGCCUCGACUGUGGCAACCAGACGCAUUGUGUCUGUCUUCCAGGCGAUGUUGGCUUCUCCGAGCGAGAUCCGAGUAUGCAUUCGCGCCUGCCCCCCGUGCGGAGACCCGAGCCAGGGUUAAUCGAGAUCGCGCGCGAAGAGAGCGGCGAUGUUGGGACUUCCGGCGACGCUGAUCUUGAACGGUCACUCCAGCACCUCAUGCAGAGUGGGGACAGCGCCAUCCGCAGCUCAAGCAGUGCAGGGCAGCACUUGUCUCCUGGCCAAGUGGCGCACAUCAAUGGGAACUGUACCCCGUGUGUCGAGCUCAUGCAAUCGGCAACCUGCAGUGCUGGGCAAGACUGCUCAUACUGCCAUGUUUGUCUAGAGCCUGGGCCUGCGCCAACUGCGUCGCCUGCGCCUGCGCCCGAGUGGCAAGGGCCUGAGCCGCGAAGAAAAAGAAAUCAGAUUCAGAACAAGGUUCUGAAAAAGAAGGGCGGUGAGGGCUGA